AUGGCUGAAGAACAGUUUCAAGGUAGUGGAAAUUGGUGGGAGACACCAGCUCGAAACAUGAGAUUUGAAAGUGUUGAACAACAACAACAACAACAAUCUUCCUCGUUUGGUGGUUGGCAGCAGCAGCAACAACAUCAUGAUACUAUGUCUGCUUCCGGUAGUUCUUCGAUUGUUUUUCAUGAUACUACUGAAAAGCUUCAACCUUCAGAUUCUUCUACUUCAAAUAAUGACAACAGCAACUUGCAUAUGAUGAAUUUGGGUCUUUCCUCUCAAACCAUUGAUUGGAAUCAUGCAUCUUUAAUAAGAAGUGACAAGGCUUCAGAAGGAAGUUUCAGGUCUAUGUUGCAAGAGAAUUUGAACUCAUCAAGCACAAAUUUCGAUGAAGAAACCGGUGGAGUUGGAUUGAGUAAUUGGAGGCAAGAAAAGUUGUUUUCGACAGAAUCUUCUAACAAUGAAUUCAAGCAAGUAAAUAGAGGUUUCUCGUUGGAUCAAACACAGUUUAGUCCUCAAUAUAGUUCGGGAGAUAGUAACAUGAUAAGCCAAAUGGAUUCUUCAGCUUUAUAUGGUAACCCUUCAAUGUUACAAGGACUUUUAGGAACUGAAACAAAUCAAAUUCAACCUCAACAUGGUAAUAAUUCAUUCGAGAAUCGUUCGAUGAAUUUUCCUUAUUCAUCAACAAGCUAUGGUUUGAGUUCAAAUGAUUUGAUUCCUUCUUGGUCUAAAAUACCUCAACAAAAACAACAACAACCAAAUAACCAAUUGCAUUUCACCAACAAUGCUCCGUUUUGGAAUGCUUCGGAGUCGACUAUUAAAGAUUCUUCAUCUAGCUUCUUGCCUCCUUUUACCACACCGAAUUUUGGUGCACAAACAAAGAAUAUAUCUGAAGGUAGGGACCCAAGUGGUGUGGUGAAGAAAAGUGGGAGUGAGCCUGCACCAAAAAGGUCCAGAAAUGAAACCCCAUCACCUUUGCCAGCUUUUAAGGUGAGAAAAGAGAAAAUGGGGGACAGAAUCACUGCACUUCAACAAUUGGUUUCACCUUUCGGAAAGACUGAUACAGCCUCAGUGCUCUCUGAAGCAAUUGAAUAUAUCAAGUUUCUUCAUGAACAAGUGACUAUUUUAAGCACACCGUAUAUGAAAAAUGGUGCUCCAAUCCAACAUCAACAGGGUUCUGGUAAAUCUAAGGAAGUAGAAGGUCCAAAGCAAGAUCUUAGAAGCCGAGGGUUAUGCUUAGUACCAGUUUCUAGUACAUUUCCAAUGACUCAUGAACCCACAGUUGAAUAUUGGACACCAACAUUUGGAGGAACUUUCAGAUAA